UAUAGUGUCUAGUGAAUCGUGAUUUGUGAAUGCAAAAUUUUCAGUUUGAAUGUUAUUCAGUGACUUUAUAGUUAUGUUUCUACACAAAUAUGCCUUUAGGAUUUUGUUGGUGCUCAUUAUGACAGAAGGAUACGUUAAAAAUGGAGAUGCCGAACAUACUACAGAAAAAGAGACUAGACCGGAAUACAUACACCCAGACGGCCUUCUGACCUUCGACCCUUACCUCUCAGACUUCAAACCUGAAGUAGAAGAGGACGAUUACAUCCCCAUUCCAGAGAACGACGAGACAAUUGACGGCUUACCAAUAUUCCUACUAGAACCAAAGAAUUCUUAUGUCAUUAAAACUAAACCUGCAACGUUGUUGUGCAGAGCCGCAAAUGCUUUGCAAGUAUUCUUUAAAUGUAAUGAUCUUAGAACAGAUAAGACUGAACAGUUUGAGCAUGUGGAUCCGCAGAAUGGAGUGAGAGUAGUUGAAGCUGAAUUGAAUGUGACAAGAAAUGAGUUAGAAGCAUACUUCGGCGGGAAGUAUAGUUGUGAGUGCUACGCGUGGAACAGUAAAGGGAAGAUACGGAGCCAAGCUGUUUUCAUUGAAUAUGCUUACAUCAAGAAGCAAUUCGCGUACCAGCCGCAGUCGACGACCGUAGAAGCGGGCAGGGGAGCAAGCUUCAGAUGUAGGCCUCCGCCCGCGGCUCCGCCUGCUACCAUCAAGUGGACGAGGAACGGAGUCACUUUGGAAGCUACGGAUGAAGCUCUAGUUUUACCCAGAGUGGACUUACAGGACAUCGCCAACUAUACGUGUGUGGCGGAGAACAUCGCCGGUCGCCGGGAAUCCGAAGUCGCCUUGCUUUCUGUAUACGUCAACGGUGGAUGGUCAUCAUGGUCGCCCUGGCUGGCCUGCAGCUGCGGGUUGGAGACGAGCGGCCGCCGGCGCACCCGCUCGUGCACGGAGCCCGCCCCGGCCAACGGCGGAGCCCCGUGCAGAGGUGCUUCCGAGCAAACAGAUGAUGACUGCUUGAGGUGUCAUAGUGGUGGGACAUGGUCACCUUGGGGAGAAUGGUCUAUCUGCAGCGAGGAAUGCGUGAGGGUCCGAAGACGGAUAUGCACUGGAUCCUGUUCUGGACCUACGGCUCAGCACGCUUCGUGUGUCGACGGCUUGUGUGCCCCUGGGAUGAGGCUAUACACGAACAACACGACAUUGUAUGUGGGUAUCGGAAUCACCAUAGCUAUGUUGAUAGCUGGAGCGGCGAUACUUUUCGUCUGGUGCAAGUAUCGUAACUCAAGACCCGGGUAUGCAGCUGCUAGAGCAGGCAUACCAAAGUCAUACUCGACUCGUGACAAAAGCAAUGCUGGCCCGGACCUGACAAGGACCUGUAAUGAGUACUGGAUGCAGGGUCCCGACAACCAUUACGAUUUGCCGCAAUUAAGAGACAGCUAUGCUUCUCCUUUUGGUAACCGGAGUCAUCAUCCGUCGUCAGCGGGCAGCAAUCAUUAUGAGAUGAAGCCCUACAGUCCAUCAGGUGACUCUGCGUCAAGUUGUUAUACUAAUUCAAGGACAAUGACCUCGAGGUCCAGUGAGUGCUCGACGUCACAGAUGGCUGACCUCGUGACGUCAUCGCCCAUGUCCAAGGUGGACGUAGCCGUGACACUUCCCUCGGGACCCCUGGACACUAGUUACAGGGACAAGAUUUGUUUGACUAUAGUCAAGUGAGACUAAAAAGGGGGUUAGGUAUUGUUGAAAUUGA